ACUAUUAGUACGUGAAACUCAUAAAGCGAUGGUUCACUACUUGACCUAUCGAUAACACGACCUUUAAAUCAUUUCAAAUCAAAAUCUCAAACAAAUAGAACGUGCAAAAUGAAAACUUUAAUAUUAUUAUUUCUUGCAACUGUAUUGUGUGUGCAUGCAACACAUUUAGUAGUCGGCAAUAUAGCUGAUCGUGUAGUUUUGGAGCAUCAAGAGAAAGUUGAAUACAAUGCAAUACCAUUUAUGAAAAGAGUUAAAUAUUUCUUCUAUUCCUCGCCUACGAAUAGACCUAUACGGGGCAUUCAAGCUCUAGACAUGUACCACAGCAAAUCUUCAAUAAACAUCACGGCAGGGGGCGUUGGAUAUCCAUUCGUAAAUAUGAGAUUGAAAAGCGAGCGAGGCCGCGGUCUCAGCUAUGAUAUUGGUAUAUAUGUUAGCCCAGCGUUUAUAUAAAUUUUGUUAAUAAUAGACGGUUG